UUGGGAGAAUAAAGGUUAGGAAAAGACGAGCGAGGUCUCUAGGUUUGAUAUCUGGUCCUGAUGAUAGCUUGUUCGGCGGGUGUUUCGAGUUCUUUUGGUAUAAAUUUAGAGACAAAUUUGGUGCCCGGCCGGAUCUCGUCUGGAUUCGAUCCUUUUCUGGGCGUCGUCUUCUUGGCGAGAUUCUGGCCGGCAAUUACUCUUAAAAAGAGAUUCUGGCCGGCAGUCGAUUCAGUUUGCUCUAUUUAGUUCUGGGAUUCUGAGAGCCUUUGAGAAUUGAAGUGGGCAAUGGAAUCCCAGGGGUUAGGAGACGAGGCUGCUGCCCCUUUGGUGGUUGUGACGGGGGAGGUCGGGUCUUGUUCUUCCUCCGAAAAACGGAAGCCUAAGAAUCACGCCAGGGAUGUCCAUUUUCUCAGCUUUGCUUUCUUGUUUGUUUUCUCGGCUUAUGGAGCUGCUCAGAAUUUGGAGAGCACUGUGAACACGGAGGGAGAUUUAGGAACGACAUCGUUGGGGAUAUUAUAUACCUCCUUCACUUUGUUUUUGGUGGCAGCGUCUCCGGUUGUCUGGGGAUUGGGGUCAAAGAGAGCCCUUGUUCUUGGUACCAGUGGCUACUUGCUGUUCAUAGCAGCCAACUUGAAGCCCUCAUGGUACACGAUGGUGCCGGCUUCUGUAUAUCUUGGCUUUGCUGCAUCUAUUAUUUGGGUUGCGCAGGGAACAUAUCUCACUUCCACUGCACGUAGCCAUGCAAAAGAUUGCCAGUUGCAUGAAGGGACAGUUAUUGGUAAAUUCAAUGGAGAAUUUUGGGGAAUGUUUGCUAGUCACCAGGUCAUUGGUAAUUUGAUCUCACUUGCUUUGUUGAGAAAUGGAAAGGAGGGGGAUGGUGUCACUGGGAAAAACCUUUUAUUUACUGUGUUCCUUGGUUGUAUGGUCUUGGGUAUCACAUUGAUGUGCUUUCUAUCUAAAAGAGAUGACAAUGGGGGUAGCCUUUCCAUGAAUUCAUCUCUUGCAUCUGUUCUUAAAUCUGCUUUUGCUCUACUCCUGGACAGACGGGUGCUUUUGGUUAUCCCUCUUCUUGCAUAUUCAGGCUUGCAACAGGCAUUUGUAUGGGCUGAAUUUACGAAGGAAGUUGUAACACCAGUACUUGGUGUCUCAGGCGUGGGUGGUGCAAUGGCAUUAUAUGGGGCUGCUGAUGCAAUUUGUUCACUGGUUGCUGGGCGCUUCACAUCUGGACUGUCUUCCAUCACUUUUAUUGUCUCUGGUGGAGCUGUUCUACAGAUUCUUGUCCUGUUAUGGCUUCUCUUUGGUUACAGUAAGACUGGUGGACUUCUUGGCGCUGUAUAUCCCCUACUUAUGGCUGCUAUAUGGGGUGUUGGUGAUGGAGUGUUUAACACACAGCUGAAUGCGUUGUUUGGGAUGCUAUUCAAGCAUGACAUGGAGGCAGCUUUUGCACAACUGAAGGUGUGGCAAAGUGCUGCAAUUGCUGUCAUCUUCUUCGUGAGUCCGUAUAUCACGUUACAGGCUAUGUUGAUACUGAUGGUUGCUGCCUUGUUCAUUGCGAUGGCAGGGUUCCUUUUUCUUACCCUCCAUGUUGAAAGAUCAUUUUCCUCUGGAUCCUGAUAUGCUAUGCUUAUAUUUUUCAGCAAAACUGUUACCAUAUCAUGUUGCCAUCCUAUUCAUAUCGUGCUUGUUUGCCUUGGUGUGUAUUCAUCUGUUGAAUGUGAUUUUGUUGAAUUUCUUCUUUAUGUGCACCUUUGUGAAACCAAACAUCCAUCUGAAGCCAUUGCAUGGAUCUUACCUUCUUGAAAUUGUAAGCUUAAUGUCUAUAAAAUGUGAUGGUUCUGGUA